AUGGCAUCUGUUGAUCCAACAAUUACCACAACUAUUGCAGCUGCUAAUUCAGAAAAAACUGCCUGGGCUGCAGCCUACCAGGUGGUGGCAACUUUUACGGCUGGUCUCUAUUUGAUCUGUGAUACACAUCAUUCAUGGGACCAGGUCUCUGAUCAGAUCCUGAGUGGUUUAGAUCCAACGUUUUAUGACAUCUCUGCUACGAUCCGUGCUCGUGACUCCACUAUUAUUUAUGAAGAACUCUACGAAAAGUUACUGGAUCAUGAGCUUUUCCUUCGCCAUGAAGAGUUCAAGAAAGCUCCCAACCAGAUUACUGAUGCAACUGCUACAUCCAAUAAUUUUGGUCAUUCCAACUCUCGGAAUACUCAUUGCCCCAAUAAUAGCAAUGGAAAUCAAUAG